AGCCUUGCUCUGCUCACUUUAAAGACAAACGUGCCAAGGCUUUACCACAGGGUCACGUCUUCCAUCAAUGUGGGCCUUUCCAGCUAAUUACCUUGAGGUGACAGGAGCAGGUAACGCACACCUUUCAGUUCUGACACAACAAGACGCUGUUAGUGUUCGGUUGCGGAUCUUUUUGGGACGCUGUCACUCCUGAGUUGUUAAACGUCACUGUGGGAUUAAAUUUCUUCAGCUUGCAGCUUGGUUCGACAGGAUCGGAGGACGCCUGUGAAGUUCGGCGGCCAUGAUGAUGUGUGUUUGUUUUUUAUUUUUGUUCUGACAGGUGGGCAGGAUGGGGGAGCGGACCGUUGGCGGCCCUGUGGCUGCGAUCUCUCCAGUGCAGCAGAUGCUGGCCUCUGGCACUGGAGCCCUCCUCACAUCUCUUUUUGUCACACCGUUGGACGUUGUGAAGAUAAGGCUGCAGGCUCAGCAGACACCCUUCCACCAAGCUUUAGCCUGUGAACUCACUCCGAAAAGUGUCAGCCGCUCUUCAAGAUGGAAGUGCUUUUUGUAUUGCAAUGGACUGAUGGACCACAUCUAUGUCUGUCGCAACGGAUCCAGCUGUACCAGCUGGUACAAAACACCAACACAUUUUAGUGGGACUCUUGAUGCUUUUGUGAAAAUCACCCGUCAUGAAGGACUUCGGUCUUUGUGGAGUGGGCUGCCACCAACACUGGUUAUGGCGGUGCCAGCCACAAUUAUCUACUUCACCUGCUACGACCAGCUGAGGGACUUCCUGUGGUUCGGUCUGGGUCUCCAGGGAAACCAUAUCCCUCUUCUCGCUGGAGGUCUUGCCAGAUUGGGAGCUGUGACGGUGAUCAGCCCCCUGGAGCUGGUCAGGACCAAGAUGCAGUCCAAAAAGCUGACUUACAGCGAGCUGCAGGUUUGUAUUCGCUCUGCUGUGGCCCAGGGCGGUCUGCUGUCCCUGUGGAGGGGCUGGGGACCCACCGUCUUCAGAGACGUGCCCUUUUCAGCUUUGUACUGGUUUAACUAUGAGCUGGUGAAGUCCAGGCUGUGUGAACGGUACCAAAUGCCUCAGGCCAACUUUUCCGUCAGCUUUACUGCCGGAGCUGUCUCUGGAGCUAUUGCUGCUGUCCUCACGCUGCCGUUUGACGUCGUAAAAACUCGGAGGCAGAUUCAGCUUGGAGAGAUGGAUACUCUGGGAGGUUACCUGAAGAAAAACAUGUCCACUUGGUGCAUAAUGAAGGACAUUUGGGCUGAGUUGGGCUACAGAGGCCUUUUUGCAGGUUUCAUGCCCAGGGUGAUCAAAGUAGCUCCAGCUUGUGCCGUUAUGAUAAGCAGCUACGAGUUUGGGAAGGCCUUCUUUCAACAGAUGAACCUUGAUCAGCAGCAGCUGGCAACCUGAAGGCUGUCGGGGGGAGGGUGGGGGGUGUCCCUGUGGUAAACAUGCUGUUGGGAUCGAGUCUCCUCAGAUAAAAGCUUGAGGGACUGGACAGCCUGGUGUUAUUUUUUUUAUUUCAUUUUAUUUCUCAACACAAGAUAAACUUGACACACUGACCAUCUUGGCCAUAAUAAGGCAUUUGAUCUAGAUCCUGAGAGAACAUAGACUUUGUUUUUUUUUUUGUUUUUUUUUUUUAAAUAGGUGAAAGUGAAGUAGUGGUUUAAUGAAUAAACUUUCACUGAAUGUGUUGAGGAAUGUGCCGCAGAUUCAGUUCAAACGCAGCAUCUUCGAUGACGACGCUGAGACCACUUAGCCCAAUCUGCAUGACUCCCAAAGACUUCACCUGUACUGUAACACGAGUCAGCAGGAAAUUCACUCACCGCUCCAUAAAGUGCAUGGUGCGUGCAGCCCUUUGCAGUACAGAGUCCAGAUAAGCUGCUCCACCCCAUUUGCUCUUCUGCAUAAUCUGUCCUUCAACAGUAAAGCAUGGCAACUUUCCACAAUUAUCUGCUGUGUAGAUGAUUGAUACGUUUUGUAUGCUGGAAAAAAAAUUGGCAUUUUUAUGUUUGCAUCAAGAGCUGUGAAACUGCAAAGCAUUCAGAGCAAAAUGUUUAAGUGUUUGGAUAUAUGCCUGUUUUUGUUAUGUGCGUUCAAUAAAUGCCACACUUUACGACA